AUGGCCCGCGCGCCUCUGGCCGGCGGCACCGGCAAUGUAGCGAGGGCGCUGCUGGCGUGCGCCCUCCUGGGCGCGCUGCCGGGCUCCGGGGCAGAGCGCAGGCACCGCCUGCGGCAGCAGCGGAGGCUGCCCGCGGCCGGCCAUCGGCAGCCGGCCUUGGUCCGCGUGGCUCGCGGCGAAGGCGUCUCUCGGCAUGCGCGGCGCGGCCCUGACAGCCCUUGGGACCAGUUCAAGGAGAAGAUGUCAGAGAUCAAGAAGGCGGCCGAGCAGCGUCCAAAGAUGAGCUCGAUCAACACGAUGCGCGCCGAGCUGUGCUGGUCGCGCGUCAACGUGUGGGAGCAUCAGGAGUGUCUGCUGUUCCUGGCGCUGCGGUGUCUCAAGGAGUCGACGGGCAGGGGAAUAUGCGACAAGUUUCUUCUCGGCGCGCAGGAUAAGUGCGCGGGUAGCCAUAAGCCUGCUAUGGACGAGUUCUGCGGUCUCGCAGACAGAAUCCACUUGUUUCCAGAGCCCGAGGGCGUUCCUGCCGAGGACGACAUGGAUGGUGAUGGCAUUGCAGACUGGAAGGAUGACGACAUGGAUGGAGACGAAGUGAACAACGAGGUCGACGAUUUCCCCGACGACCCGACAGAGUGGUCUGACAUCGACCAAGACGGAAUUGGUGACAACCGCGAUCCUGAUAGGGAUGGUGACGGUGUCCCGAACGACAGGGACAAGUUCCCCAACGACCCGCGCGAAUGGCAGGACACCGAUGGGGAUGGCAUCGGUGACAACAAGGACGAGGACAGCGACGGAGACGGCGUGCCAGACUCCGAGGACGCGUUCCCAGAUGACGCCACAGAGUGGCAGGACAUGGACGGGGACGGCGUAGGCGACAACAAAGACCUCGACAGGGACGGGGAUGGCGUCGCCAACACGAUGGACGCUUUCCCGAGUGACGCUUCGGAGUGGGGAGACGUGGACGGAGACGGCAUUGGCGAUAACAAGGACUUGGACAGGGACGGCGACGGCAUACCCAACGACCAGGACGCUUUCCCGGUGGACCCGACGGAGUGGUCUGACCUGGACGGAGACGGCGUGGGCGACAAUAAGGACGCCGACCGCGACGGGGACGGGGUCCCGAACGACAGCGAUUUCUUCCCCGACGACCGGAAGAAGUGGAAGGAUCCGAACUUGCCACCAGACAGCGACGGGGACGGCGUGCCAGACUACAAGGACCCCGCCCCGAACGACCCGAGGUGCUGGGAGAUAGCCUGCAUGGACAGCGACAAGGAUGGCGUCCCCGACGUCAGGGACCCCGCGCCGCACGACCCGAGGUGCUGGGAGCGGGACUGCGUGGACAGCGAUGGAGACGGCGUCCCGGAUGUCAAGGACCCUGCACCCGCGGACCCGGAUUGCUGGAAGCCGGAGUGCGUGGACAGCGAUGGCGACGGCGUCCCCGACGUCAAGGACCCGGCCCCGCACCAGGCCAAUUGCUGGGAGGAGGCCUGCAUAGACUCCGACGCCGACGGCGUCCCCGACUCCAGGGACCCGGCCCCGCACGACAGGUCCUGUUGGAAGGCGGAGUGCGUGGACAGUGACGGGGACGGAGUGCCCGACGUCAAGGACCCGUCUCCGAAUGACCGCGAGUGUUGGCGCGAAGAGUGCGUGGACAGCGACGGCGACGGCGUGCCAGAUGUUGACGACCCGGCCCCCAACGACGCCAAGUGUUGGGAGAUGUCCUGCGUCCCGAAGGAUAGCGACGGGGACGGCGUGAUGGACGAGGACGACCCGUCGCCGAACGACCCGACGUGCUGGGAGGAGUGGUGCGCCCAAGACCUCCGCCGUGAUCUGACGCACAGGGAUGGCGAGACAUGGACAGGCGACUGGCGGAAGGAGUGGAAGGGCCCGGAGCAGGAUGGGCCGCACCGCAACGAGACCGAGGAGGAGUCGGUCGCGCGAAUAUGCCGAGAUUACCCAGAGUCGGAGUGGUGCACGAAGUACAGAACCAAGCCCCUUUUUAAUCGCGAGUCGCGAGUGCCGCUCGGUUUACAGCAGAGCUGGCUUGCUCACAGACUUGCUACCCUUGCGCAGAGGCAGCGCGUCAUACUGGCGCUCGCGACGGGCCUCGGCCCGCGCUGGCCAGAGCGGCUCGGAGGCGAGGGCGCGCUGCACGUGGCAGGCGCGGCGGUGCUGGCGUGCACCGCGCUGGCAGAAGGGCGCAGGACCACCGCGCUGGGGCGCCAGGGCGCGCUGGGCCCGGAGGAGGAGCAGGAGGCCGCCCGCGCCCUCUCGGCGGUGUGGGGCGCCUUCCUCGGGCACCCGGGCGCCGCCGCCCUGCUGCGGGCGCCGGGGGCCUGGAGGGGUGGGGGCGAGCCGCCCGAGAUCCGCGAGCUGCGCGCCGCGCUCGCGGCGCGGCUGGCGGCGCUGCAGGCGAAGCCCGCCCCCCCGCCGCCGGUCGCGUUCCUCGCUGCGCAGGACUUCCUGCCGCAGGGCCUGCGCUCGCUCGUCGCCGCCGCGGCGAGGUUCAGCGGAGUCGGGGAGUACGCGGACCCAGGUCAGGAUCGCCGAGCACCCGAUGGCGCAGGCGCGGCCGCCGUGGACGAGGCCCCGCGCGCACUGCCGUGCCCGAAGCUUGCCCCGCUGGCCGAAGUGGCCCCAGGCAUAGGCACUUCAAGUAUGACAGAGCACAGCAAAGUGGCGCCAGGUGGGGCAGUGCCAGGAUACAUGUGCCUCGAUCAUGGCGGCAGCUACGAUGUGGCGUGGACCAAUGUGCAGUUCGGUGGCGGCAACUCGGGCACGGUCACCAGGUGGACAGUAACGGCAUACGAAGCUAAGUGCAGUUCUGGGAUUAUGCCAAUGACGUUGUUAGGCACGACCGCUUCAGGAACCUGCCGAGCGCCAACGGAUUGCCGUUGCGACAUCUGCCUCGCGUGCACCGCCUCGAGCGCAGAUUACCCGAGUGGCAUCCCGAAUCGGAAUUGGGGUGCAACUCCACUAGUCCGAGUCAUUCCGCGAGCACUUACUGUAUUUCCAGGUUGGAGAUCGGCGGACAUUGAGUACGCGCAGGCCGCCGCCGCCGCGGCAGCGGCGCAGCGGGCGGCGGCAAGCGCACCGGCGGCCGAGGCGUGCGCCGCCGCCGCCUCGGGCGGCGCCGCGGCGGCCAGGGACCAGGACGCCGGGCCCGCGUCCGAGGACGCCGCGGCGGGGGGCGCGGCGCUGCGGGCCGCCGGUUGGGCGCUGAGCAGCGCCAGCUGGCUGGCGCUGCUGGGGUGCGGCGUGGCGCUGGUCAGCGCCGACGGGCUCGGGUUCCUCAGCCUCCACGGCGUGCCGGAGCCGUGGAGAGCCGGGUUCCGCUCCGCGGCUCUGGAGCGCGCCGUCCGGGUCGAGCAGCUGCUCGAGAAGUACAGCCCCGCGGGGGAGGGCGCCAGCGGCGCCGGCGCAAUCCUGCUGGGGCCGCGGACCGGAGGCCUCGUGGUGGGCGCCCUGCCCGCUGGUGGGGGUGUGCCUGACUACGACGGGGGUUCCUCGGGUUGGGGCCGCGGCUGGGGCGGUCGUGGGCGCAACCAUGCCAGCGAGGAGCGCUGGACCUGCGGUUUUGCGGACUGCAAGUGCAAGAUAGCUCAAGGGCGUGUGCAGCAGCUGGAGCGUCGGUUGGCGCGGGACAUGGGAGAGUUGGACAAAGUUGAAUGGUGGCUGGAUGAAAAGAGGAAGGGGGUCAGAGAUUUCAACAAGGAGUUCGAUGAGGCAGAUGCCACCCACAAGCAGCUGGUGGCGACUCUCAAUGACCAGGUCAACAAGCCAGCGGGGCCGCCGACAGCAAAUAUCAACAUCUGCGACGUGGUGGGUGGCAACUUGUCCUGUACCGACUUUGACGCCGGGGACUUGCUGCAGUUCUCCCAUGAUGAGUAUGAGGUCGAGCCGUCCGACGUUGAGGCUCAGGCGCGCCAGCAGGAGCUGGCCAAGACAUCCGAGCCCGAGCCCGCGCUGCCCUGCGAAAGCUGGACGCGCAGCAGCAAGGAGGGAGCCCCCCUGCAGGUGACGGAGCAGCACGGAGACUUCGACAUGGGGCCGCAGGAGUUAGCUGAGUGCGACUUCGCGGCUGGCACCCAGUCGAGGCUGAUUUUUUCAGAGGCGCAGGAGACCUGCACCAACAAUUCCGUUGAGGGCGUCAGGCUACUCGACUUCUUCGUGGGCAGCUCAGGUCUGGCGGCCGGCGCGAAACCGCACAGGUGGCUGGAAGGCACGUUCCGCUUCUUUUUUUCGUAUCUUAGGAGUGGCCAGUUGACGCAGGUCGGCUUGAUCGCCCAGUCGCUGCUGGCGCUUCCGAUCCCAGAUCGCAUCCUCGUGUACUCAGGUUUGGAGAUGCGAGCGGCGCCGGCGAUUCCGAGGGUCCUUGGGCCGCCGCUCGGCGCGGCGAGGCGGUGCGGCGGGGCGGCGCGCGCGGCCGGGCCCCGGAGGGGCGGCGCCGCGCGCGCGCCAGGCCGCGGCAUGACCACCAAGGUGAAGUUUGAGAUCAAGGGGAUCAAGGACGACGCCACCAAGAGCUUCGUGGUGGAGGUGCACCCAGAGUGGGCCCCGAAGGGCGCCCAGAGAUUCCUGGAUCUCGUGCAAGACGACCAUUUCAACAGUGGUGUCUUCUACCGUGCGAUCAAGGGCUUCAUGGCACAGUUCGGCAUCCCGGCCGAGGCGGAGCAGUACAGCAAGUGGAGCAGCAUGAUCAAGGACGAUCCCGUGAAGGAGAGCAACACCAGGGGCAGGCUGUCUUUCGCCAUGCGCGGCCCCGACACGCGGUCCUGCCAGCUGUUCAUCAACUUCGGCGACAACAGCAGCCUGGACAGCCAGGGCUUCUCGCCCUUCGCCGAGGUCAUCGAGGGCAUGGACGUGGUCGACACGAUCUUCACCGGUUACGAGGACGCUCCGUACAGAGAGCCCAUCAAGGAGAAAGGCGAGCAGCGCGAACGAGCUGUUGCCCGUGCCGCGUGCCACUGCUGCUGCUGCUCCUCCUCGUCGUCCUCCGUGUCAUCGCCGAAGCCCCCUGCACAGAUUGGCGGCUCCCUUGUGCAGGCGGCGGCGUGUCACGGCCCUCGGUGGGGCGGGGGCUGUUCGGGACGGCCCCUUGCAAGUGCCAAGCGCGAUGCGUGUCGACGGCGAGGGGCGCUCCACGAACACUGCUGAAACCAUGCGAGAUCACUGCCAGGCGUUUAAGCACGCCCUAGCGUGCCG